UAAACUGCUGGCAGCGAGGCAGGUCACGGCGAUUUUCUUUACCACUGCUCAACUGCGUCCGCGGCAAAGUAAGACAAAGGGGCGCUGAAUGCAAAGUCUAUCCGAGUGACCUAAACAGCAUCCCAAGUCUCCCACCGGACAUGUCUGCUGGUGCUGCGGGAGCCCCCGUCCUGCAGCCGAUGACCUAAUGAGUGAUUAGCUGUUGUGUCGGAGCGGCGAGUGUCGCGGUGGAAGCUGCGCGCGGCAUAUGGGAGACGUGGGUGACACUGGUCGUCAAAGAGGUGUGGAGCCGCAGCGAGGCGCCAGGGGACACCAGCUGAUAGGCACGAGGGCCGCGCGACCAUCGCCGGCAACUUUGUCUAAUUAGGCUGUUUAGGGAAGAUGGAUAGUAAUGAUAAUAAGAAUAAUCGUUUUCGUUUCAGUUUGGCCUCGCCGCGUUUUCAACCUUGACGCGAGCUCGGGCUACUUAUCAGCUCCGCUGUAGACAGGUGUGUCUCAAGCCCGCUCUCCCACCUGUUCCUUUUAUUAUUCUGCAAAUACGCCGCGGAAUACUGUCACCCGUUUACGGUUUGUUUGAGAACAAACCUCGGCGCUGCCAGAUCCUUCAAGGGUCGGAGCCAAUUAGGAAGUCGGCUCCUUCGCGCAUGAGAAAGACGCCCGACCGUGUUUUCCACGGAACGAAAGGAGUUGACGAUGAUACAGCUUAUCAAUAUGUAGUUGUGAACCUCUUUAUUGCGCAAUGAACAUUAUAGAUCACACACAACGUCUCUAAUAAAUUUAACCGAUGGAAAACAGAUCAGACUUCCCUAAUAAAUAUUUUGGCACGCGCGCGUGUUUGUUUAUGAGCAACCUUGGCCACGUCCACGAAGGCCAGACUUUACUGAUCAUCUUUGCGCCUUUGAAAUUUAUAGGCCACGCUUUUAAAUGAUUAAUACUGCCGGGCUCCCCGCUGUGCGCGCAUAAUAAGGUGGCCGUGAUUGAGUUACAAUGCACAAUAGGAGAGAAAAACCUCUAUCUUUGUCUAAUUGUUCUGUGACAGGGUCAGAGGGGAACGUGCGAUUGGCUGCUGCCUCCUGAGGCCGCAGGGAGUGACACCUCGGUGGCUGAGGGGACUCUCUAUAAAUUGCUGGCGCGGUGCGAGCUCUUCAAAGAAGGCGAGGACCUCAGCCGGACGCUUCCUGGUCACCUCAUCCCAGGCCACUGCAGCGAUGACCGCAAAAGCAGAGCUCUCGUGCUGGUCAGAGCACGCGCAGGACCUCAGCUUGUCCCACAUCAACUCCAAGAGUUGGAUUUCUUCAAAUUCCCUGCGCGCCUUCUCGAUGAGGGACGCGUACGCGGCCGCAGACGCGGGGAUCCCUCUGGAGAAGCUCGUGCCGAUGAGCAACGUGCCCGAGCGCGUGCCCGCCGCGGGCGGCGCGCGCACGGACUGCGAGAAGGCGACGGAGGCGGGGAGGACGAGCCACUUCGGGCCCCAGAGGCACCGGCGCGUCGCGGCCAACGCGAGGGAGAGGCGGCGGAUGCACGGGCUGAACAAGGCGUUCGACGAGCUCAGGAGCGUCAUCCCGUCCCUGGAGAAUGAGAAGAAGCUGUCCAAGUACGACACGCUGCAAAUGGCGCAGAUUUACAUCACGGAGCUGUCAGAGCUGCUGGCCGGCGUGGUCCAGUCCGAGUGCAUGGGUCCCCGUCCCGCCUCGACGGACAAGACCUCCAGGAGGGGGCUGAUCCACUCCCUCCGGCAUCCGGCCGCGACACCGCCCCCGGCCCAGCUGACCGAACCGCACCUGGACCCCUGCCCCUCCGUCGGCCACCUCAUCAUACUCGGACCCGCAUCGGACCCGGGGUCCAACAAAUCAACGUCCUCCUCUCACAGCAGUGAUGGGGAGUCUUCGCAUCUCAGCGACUUGGAGGAGAGUCAGAUCGGGAGGAAGUAACUGUUUAUGAAGGACCGGGAGAAGCGAAUGUUCCAACUUGUAGAAAUGUUGGUCACGUGACGUAGUCCUACGCGUAUUCUCCGGUCAAGACGAGCAGCUUAGAUAUUGCACUGCCAAAUAAAAAAGUACAGGUAAAACUUCAAGCACCUAUUGAGAUGUUUUUACACCUAUAGGCCAUAAACUGACAGUUGCCUUUUAAUGC